AUGAAAGUCCGACAGCUGGACGUGCUCAUAAUUGGAGCAGGAAUUGCCGGCCUCUCAGCGGCGAUUGCUCUUGGCAAGCAGGGUCACCGUGUUGUUAUCCUGGAAAAAUCAGCAUUCUUGAAAGAAGCCGGUGCUGCAAUUCAUUUGCCCCUGAAUUGCACGGCAUUGUUACAAUGGAUGGGAGUGUUUCCCACGGGGUUUGGAGGAACCCUUCUCAAUCAGAUUCAUCGAUACGGGUCGGCAGGCGACCUCAAAUAUCAGAAGAACUUUGAUGGAAUCCGUGGUACCUGGCAAGCAGUGAGCAAUGCUGUUCACCAGUCGAGAUGUUUCCCUCCUGCUAAGCUUUCAAUGUAUGAAGGAAUGCUCAAGAAUCGCGCCCUCGAGACUGCAAUUCUUCAUACCCGGUGCAAAAUCACUACCAUUGACAUCAACGAUUCGCGCCCGUCAGUGAUCCUGGACGAUGGCCGCAAGUUCGAUGCGGAUGUUUUGCUCGGUGCCGAUGGACUACAUUCUCAGGUCCGUGGUACAGUCGCACCUGAAGCGCCUGGUCCAUAUCCGGUUGGAAAAUCAUGCUUCCGAUGGAUUUUACCUACCGAGAAGCUGAAGAGAGAGGAAUCCGCCCUGCAGUUUGUGGCAGAUCCUGGCGUUUUCAUUGAAUGGGCAUCUGAAGAUCGCCGCCUGGUUGCAUACCCCUGCUCUGACAACACGGUGUUCAAUCUUUGCGCCUUUUUGCCUUCUAGUGAGGCUGGCAGAAGGUGGGUAAAGAAGCAGACCAUUGUCCAAGGAUUCUCAAAGUUCCACCCUGGAGUGCAAAAAAUGGUGGGGCAUGCUGGUUCCAAUUUGAAGGUAUGGGAGCUUUUUGAUAUGGAGUGUUUACCUAGUUGGACCUCAGGACAUGCAGCUCUCUUGGGCGAUGCCGCCCACCCGUUUCAGCCGUGUAAGACCAGCAUAAUCCCUGUCCAUUAUGAAACUCUUGCUGAUGUCUCCGUCAAAGACAUGGGCCAAGGAGGAGCCAUGGCCAUUGAAGAUGCUGUCGGUAUCGCGACCUUGCUUCCUGUUGGUACGCGACCGGAGGAUAUUCCAACACGUUUGCAGCUGUACCAAUCCUCUCGACAGCCGCGAGUGGAAAUGGUCCUCAACUUCACUCGCCUGAACGGGCGCGAUGAUAAUAACACCGCAGGUAGGAGAAUCACACCCGCCGACAUGGUCAAGUUCAUGGGAAUUUGCUUCUCAUACAACGAGAUUGAUCAGUGCAAGAAGCUUCUAGCUAAGCACGCCGGGUAUCACAUAGGAGGGUCGGGGGAAUAG